UACGUUCUUCGUGGUUGUUGGAUGAACACUUUCAGUCGCGAGAAUGAAUGUUCCGAACCCUUGCACGUUUUCCCAAGAUAAUACUUGCCCUCCCCUUGCCUUGUCUCUCCCCAUGUUCCUUCAGCUCUGGCCUGUUCUUGAAGAUCGAAGGAGAAGGAAACACCAACAGCAACAGCAAGGCACUGCCUGAUCGUCGGCAAUACCUCGUUGCUAUCUCGUCUGCGCACCCUUCGCGACUUGUCUUGUCUUUCACUUUCAACUACCUCCAAUGCCCUCUGCUACUUCUACAUCCCGCCUCUUGUCUCGCCCAAACACGGCAGAUUCACUUUAAUUUAACAUCAAAAGUCUCACCUCUUUCUAGUCAGGGCCCACCACAUUGCCUUCGCCCUGCGUCAUGUCCAGUUGAGAAACAAUACACGUCGAUAUUACCAUUUCUCCGCCUGGUCAAUUGUGCCAUCGAAAUCACAACAAUUGACGCGUCGACCCAACUAUACUGCCCGCCCUGUACCAAGAUCGAGCAUCUCUGGUUCUGAUAUACCGCGCAGGUAAUAUCCAACGUCCCGACUACCGAUCUAUCACAAUCAGCCACACACAAAAAGCAAGAUGGAGGAAGGGAUAGGAUCAAGAAGAGCUCGAGCUCUUCCGCGACCAGAGUCGAGCGCAAGCAGCAACACAAGAAUGACGCCCAGUUCGAGCAAUAGUUCCACUGCACAUCUGCCACAGCGAGUUCAGGAUCUGACGGCCAGAGGAGUUCCUGGGAGCUUGUUGCAGGAUCGAUUGAGGGAAAGAAAGGUGGAGAGUGCACGGCAGAGAAGGAGGAGCAUUGAUAUGGCUGAGAGAGGCGUACAAAGUUCACCAGUCAAAGGUAACAGGGAGGAUCGCAGACCUAGUUCGAGUGGAAUUGUUCCUGGGAAGAAUAUGGGAGUCAAGCAGAUCGAAGAUGCUGUAUCGACGUUGCACAAACAAAACUUCGACCUUAAGCUAGAGCUCUUCCACCGCCGCCAACGUCAGGAAACUUUGGAGGCAAAGCUAGAAGCUGCUGAGAAGAAGCUUGAAGAGCAGGCUGAAUUGGCAGAUAUCAAUGACGAUCUGCUAGCGGAAUUGGAGAAGAGAGACCAGGCUGUUGAAGAGGCCGUGGGAAUUAUCGUCCAAUUAGAGGAGAAGAUUGAGCGGUUGAUGCAGGAGAGGGAGGAUGUUAAGGCAUUCGAUGCGAGUUAUGAACCAGGAUACUUUCCGCAGGAAGACUUCUCUAGCUCCCCACCACAAUUCGACAAGGAACAGGCCACGAGCAAAAUAUCCCGCAUGCCAUCAUUCUUGUCGGAAACCACCGAAGGUAAUGAGGCAUUGAGAAGUCUUUACCUUCCAUACAAUUGUCAAAGCGAUUCCACCUUACCGAAAUUAUCAGAGGAGACCAAUGAUGGAAUGGAUAGUCCGAGGCUCAGUAUUCUGAGCGAGAGUUCUUUCCUUAGUGUUUACGGCAACAAGUUACCACCACUCUCACUGGACGAGCCUGAGGAGCCACGACGACACCGGAAGUCCUCUUCAGUUGAGAAAUGGGUUGAUGAUCGUCCAGAACCAGCUGUUACACCUCCAAAAGCCGUCCCAAGUCUCCGGAAGAGUCAAUUCCUCUCUAUCAAUGACGUCCUCGAAUCGCCAUUACAACGCCUUGAAAAGUUGAAGCACACACUGGAGAAGACUGAGAAAGGUCUCAAUUCCACUAGAGAUAUCACUUUCAAAGAUCGGCGUAGACCUCGAGAGGUCCGUCAGGUAUCCACCGAGAAGAAGAGCUUUGACCGUCAACAUACUCUACCUCCCACGCCAGAUACCAUCGGGACCAAUACCUUGCGGAACUUCAGAAGCUCUACCGAGACCUUGUCGCAAAAUCAUGUGGAUAGCAGGUUUCUCAACAGUACAUCAACAUUCCCAAAUGCAGCGCAUCACGCUUUCCAAUCGCAAAUUUCUAUCCGCCCAAGAAGCGCUGGAGAGACAGUAACAAGUAGACGAGAAGGCCACGGGUGGGACACGCCAUCACAAGAAGACAACACCGAUUCAGGGAGUGUAUUCAGUACAUUGAGCACUCAUUCAGCCCAAUAUGGUCGCCGCAAGCGAGUCGUAGCACCCGAUCUGUUCUCAUUUUCAGGUGGUGAUUGGGGACGAGGUUAUGAACCUACACUUCCCGCUCACACUGCCUCACGGCAUGACACAAUCCGUCGCUCUAGUUUCACAGAACAUCCUCGCAGUGACGACACAGUCACUACCUAUCGCUACGACGACUCUCCACAAUAUGGAACGAUCCCCAUCGACACCACACCAAAACCUGAAUUUCCAGACCGUCGUUCUAGCCUAUCAGCUGUCACCAAACUCCGCAAAUCAAAUCCAGGUCCUGCACAACCACACAAUGAAUCUGCUGUAUCCAAGGAGAAGAAAUCGCGUAUCCCCAAUCUCCGUAUGUUCGGCCGCGGCGAAUCGGCUCCCCCACCUUCCAGCCCAACCAAGACAUCAUUAGGCCAAUGCCCACCUCGUCCCAAAGUCGCGAAUGCCAGUCGCUCAUCAGGCUACUUCGCAGAACACGUAAACACCAAUGGUGCAUACGAGGAAGAGGACCAGGCCAGAGCCACACCGCCGCCAAUCAUGCGCUCUAGGCCUCAGAGCUACCGACCUGUUUCUUCGGCUGUUGCUUCACGACGAGGCGGCUCAUUUGUUGAUGAGCAGGAGCAGGGGCAAAGUCAGGGGUAUGCUAGACGGGAUAGUAUGAAUGGAGCGGCUGGGAAUGAUGGUGGGGUUGCUGGGAAGGAUGAGGAGAGUGGCAAGAGUAAGAAGUGGUUUGGGUUGGCGCGGGCUAAUAGUUUGAGGAGGCAUUGAGGUAGAUUGAGGAAGGUGCACGAUAUGCGGUGGUGCUCUGAUACUGGGGCCUAGGGUCUGCUGAUUUUUUGUACUUGGUGUUUCGGUGAUUUGCUGGUUCGCUGGUUUGCUGGCUUGCUUUACGUCGGUUCUCCCUGAGCCUACGGCAGCAACAGUUCAUCGUAAAGUGUAAGUUAGGCGGUGGGCGCGCGUGUAUUUUGCUUCUUGCUUUCUUGCCUUUCUUUUUUUCAGCUAUUCUGCUUCUUUGUUGCUACUUGCUUGCGUGCGUGCGUGCGUGCGCUGGUGUUCGUUGGUUCGACUGGGGCAACUGCUACUGGAAUAGCGGAUUGAAACGAGGCAGGCGUUUUAGCGAUACUAUUCGAUUCGGUUCGUUUCGAUUCAAUCUGGAGUAGAGGUAGUGGCGCGGAAAAGGAAGCGGUGUUGUUCAACUUUCGCUUUCUGGCUGGACUGGGGUUGCUUCGGGGUUUGUACCUGCGUCUGUUCUUUUGCGUUUCUCGCUGCAGGGAAGUGGAGUUCUUUUCUAGCCUUGCGUUGGGUUGGGUUGUAUUAUAGGGUCGGACAGGAUAGGAUACCAAAUUGGAGCUUCACAGCAAAAAAAAAGUUUGACAGAGAAUGAGAAUGAGACGCGCAAGCGUGGAGAGUGCAGCGGAUUUGUAUUAUAGAAUUUGAGGGGGUGGGAGUGCGCAGGAGCAAGGGAAGAAGAGAGUGGGUGUAAAGGAGCAGGAGAGGAGGAAGGCGAGGAGAAAGAUGGCAGCCUUGCUUUACCUGUGUUCGCUGGGCUGGACUGGACUGGGAUUUAUAGCAAGGGCGGAUAGAUACUACUUCAUAUCAUAGCAUGGCGUGUGGCUACUGCUGAGAGAAACAGAGCUUGAUGAAUGUCUUCUGCA